AUGGUGGUGGCGUGGGCGAGCGGGGCCGGCGUGUGGGGGCGCGGGGAGGACCACCCGUUUGAGAAGCGGCAGGCGGAGGCGGCGCGGAUCCGCGAAAAGUACCCGGACCGCAUCCCCGUCAUCUGCGAGAAGGAGCCGCGCUCAGACAUCCCGCCGGUGGACAAGCGAAAGUACCUGAUCCCGAUGGACCUGACGGUCGGCCAGUUCGUGUACGUGAUCCGCAAGCGCAUCUCGAUCCCUCCCGAGAAGGCCAUCUUCAUCUUUGUCAACAACACGCUGCCGCCCACCGCCGCGCUCAUGUCGACCGUCUACGAGAACCAUCGCGACCCGGACGGAUUCAUGUACAUGAUGUACGGCGGGGAGAACACAUUCGGAGAGCUCGAGCUGCGACCUCUCUCAGAGGUGAUGAAAGCUGUUCGGGUCCCGCGAGGCACGUACUUCAAGCACGCGGUCGGCACGACUGGUCUCGACGAGCGCCAGCGCGGGGCGAUCAUGAGCUACAACGCUUCACUGACUCAGUGCCCGCAGCGCUCGUGCGGGAACUACCUCGAAGAUGGCCACGUCGGCGCGCACGUGCAGAUCGAAGGUCACAGCGGCAUGUGGAUUAUUCCUACUUGCAAAGACUGCAACACCGAGGCCAAGAACAUCGCGGACGUCAACGUGUACAACACCAACGAGUGGGUCGACUUGACGCAAGGCGAUUCGGAAUACUGA